UGAGUGCUCAGGGUAACUUGUUAGUUGAGCCGUUUACAAGCAACAGACUUUUGCUAACGCUAACUAGUUAGUUGACUGUUGUCGGAUAACAAUGUAGGUUAAACUGUUAACAAUGCAAUAUAAUGGUAAGAGAAAACACAGUUAGCUAAAGGUGCUAGUUUGUUCGCUAACGUUAAUUAACUUAGUGCGGAAACAAGUCGUAACCGCCUUGCUAGCAAAUAAUGCUAGAAUGGUUCGUUAGCUGAACCAAAGCAAUGUCAAGUUAUAACCUUCCACCGGUGAGGCAUUUGCCACAAUGGACCCGAGUUGGGCGCCUCGGGAAGCCUUGCUCUCCACGGCGUUUACCGGCAGCGAACCAACUGCAGCCGCUGCCUGUUGUCCCGCCAGCGGACAAAGGAGUGGGGAGAGCAGCAGAGGUGCCCUGUCAGAGCGACAUGGACCCCCGCGUCGCGUCAAUGCAAAGGAAUAUCCAGUUCCUUCAGCAGCAACACAAGGAAACUCUUGAGAAGCUCCAUGCAGAGAUAGAGUAUCUCAGACGGGAGAAUAAAGAGUUGCAGUAUAAGCUGAUAAUGGAGCCUCCCAAGUCAAGUAGAAAAGGAAUGACACACAGCCGACGAGGCAUUAGACCACCCACUCAGGGAAGUGAAUCCUGUACAGGACUCUACCUGGAGGAGCCGCUGCAGGACACGCGACCCUCACAGAACCAAGCACUAAGCAAUGGAGAGGGCAGCGAAAUUCUGGGGUCUGCCAGGCAGGACCAUGGCUCAGAGGUGAAGGGGGGCCUCAUCACCUCAUUGCAGCCUCUACGAAUUCACAGCAGUCCCUCCCAUCCACCGCGCGCUCCCACACUACAGGAGUGUGAGGUCAUCAUUCGGCAGCUCUACAAUGCUAACAGUUUACAGUCUCAGGAAAUUAUACGUGUGAAGGCUUUGCUGAGAGAUAUUGUUUUGAGCAAGAAAAUCACCCCAGAAAACUACAUUCUGACCAAGGCCUACCUUGUUGAUGGUACCCGCAAAUCUAUAGAAGAAAAGAAAUUUCCCAAACUUGGUCUUCAAAAUUUUCCGGAUAAAGUGUCUGGACCCUCUCAGUCUGGGGUGGUCCUCCCAGCCCUCAAACAGAGCCUCAGCUCCACCAUUGCAGAGAGACAGAGGAGGACCCGCGCUGUGCAGAGAGACCGUUUCAAAAGGACGGUGCAGUGACAGGAUCAAAACUACCACAGCGUCAGCUACAUCCAUCUCAAAACCCUUAGUCACAAAAACUGAGGGUACUCUAUGGAAUAAAUUCUCAGUUAUGUUUAAAGAUGGCUAUAAUGGAAACAGAAAUUUACUCAUAAAGGACAGGUAAUAUGAAAAGAUAAAAAACAAACAAAAAUGAAGGUCUUUAAUUUUGCACUUGAAAAGAAAAAGAAAGAAUGUCUCAAAUCUAGCUUUGUACUGGGAAUGGUACAUUUAUUUAUUUAUUAUAUAACAAUGCAUUUUAGGACAUUUGAACUAUUAAAGUUCAACAUCUCUAACUUAACACUGGCUGCUUAUUUUAGCUUUAGUUUAGCUUUCACUGCACAUUUGUUGUAAUUCUGCCAAUAUGAUAGCGGAAUUGUUGUAUUUCAUAUAACUAUAUAGAAGUAAUUACCUGUCACUUUUUAAACAGCAAAGUAUUGUAACUUGUCUUAGUGCAAACAACCAAAGUUAAGCCUCUAAAAGCACAUGCAAUUAAUGAUACAGAAGACACUACCAGGCUUAUUUCUCAGGCAUGUUUUGUAUUGGUUUGUAUUUAUAUUGUAUUGAGCAGUGUCAUGCUUUAACUGGCCAAGUGUUACCAGUCAUGCACCUACAGUACAACUAAGUACAAUAACACAAAAGUCAAAAUACAAACAAAAUAGCACUAACCUUGUGUUUUUUCCUCCCAGACUGGUGCCUCUUCCUGUUCUUUUCACAGAAUAUGUUUCUUUUAGAAAACAAAGAAUGUGCACAAUUUACUAUUUAGUAUAUAUGAUGCUGUAAAUUAUAUACCAGAUUAUGACAAAAUAUAAGCGAAAGGGGUUACCCGACCUAAAAUAAUUAUGUUGUGCUGGUUUCCGUGUGCAUACACUAAUGUAAGUUAUAAGUUUAAUUGUAAUAAUGUACGGUCAUGUCAUUGAGGAUGAAAGAAGUGAAAACAUCUUUCACUGGUUGUUUCAAGAUUACAGACUUUCCAGACCAUACAAUAUAUAACCUGUCUGUUUAAUUAAGCCCAAUUUUGAUCCUGCUUAUAUGGUUUAAUAUUCUCUGUUGUUGAAGAGGCCUUGCCAGAUUCUGUGAUGGUUGGUUCUGUCACCAACAUAAUGUGCAUAACACAUAUAUAUGUAGUACAAAUACUGCAUCAAAUUAAAUAAUGGCUUACAUGUAUACCUCAAAACUCCCAAAUUAAAUGUAAAUGUUCAUUUGGUUCAUGGAAAAAGGAAGUCAAAAUGACAGUGAAGUGAAUUGGUCACUCAGUGGUUCACAGCCGUUGCUAAACUGACUUGCAACAUUGUCAGUCCCACUAGAUCCCAAUAUAGUUCUGUAUUAACUCUCCACUAGCCAUGCAUGUGAAAGUAAGUGGAAAUAAUUUGUAACAAAAAUAAAAUCUUCUACGAUGUCGUAAAGUAAUUGUAGACAUGCGCCAGAGAACUUGCAACGUUUUAACUUGUGUUGUGUAGAGUUUUGACUAAAACUAUGAGGAAGUGUUUACUUAAAAAAUUGUAAGCAGAAGACACUGAAAUAUGAGGAAGAAAUGAAGUGGGUGUUUGCUUGUGUCUCUUAGGUACUUUUUUAACUUCUGUUCUGAUCAGUGCUAUAGAUAACUAGUUUGCCUAGGAGAUGCAUACUAUUCAAAUUAUCACACAACUUUUUUUAUGUUGUUAUCCUGGUUCAUCUUCUGCAAGAAGAAAUGAAAUGAAAAAUCGUAAAAUCAAGAUGGCAUGGCAUGUUCCAGAGGUUUAGAGGAAUUUGUUUGCUUCAUAGACAUGUCAAAAACAGGACUGAGAUCCAGUUGAACUGUUCUCUUCUAACCACAAUGGUUUUUAACACAUUAUACGUUCAUUGUUAAUAAGUAAAUACAUAAACAAAAGGAAUAAAUUACCUCUCAUUUUA